GGUGGGUAGGAGGGAGGCGGAGGCAGGGCCGCCUGCGCGGCCUCCGGAGAUGGUGAUCUGCUGCGCGGCGCUGAAUUGCUCCAACCGGCAGGGCAAAGCUUCCCGGGGCCGAGCGGCCGUCUCCUUCCACAGGUUUCCAUUAAAGGACUCGAAGCGACUGAUCCAAUGGUUAAAAGCAGUUCAGAGGGAUAACUGGAUUCCCACCAAGUAUUCCUUUCUAUGCAGUGAGCACUUCACUAAAGACAGCUUUUCAAAACGGCUAGAAGACCAGCACCGGCUGCUCAAACCCACAGCUGUGCCAACCGUUUUCCAGCUUUCAGAGAAAAGGGGGGAUGGCAGGGAUUAUGUCAAGAGGAGGAGGAAAGUAGCAAGCCAGGCUCUAUACAGAGAUGGCAGUCAACCAAAGGAAGGAAACUGUGAGGUAAUGGAGGGGAUCUUAUCUUCUGACCGAGACUCAAUAAUGGAUGGGACUCAAGAAAUGGAGCAAGUGACUCUUCAAGCUGAAAUUGGGUCACUGUCUGAGCAGGGAGAGAAUUUCCAGGUCCAGCUUGAAGGCUCCCUUAGAAGGAUGCUAGCCGAUAACCUAGUCACAAAAGUGGCCCAGAAUAAGCCAGAGAAGCCUUCUGUAGAGAACUGUUCUGAAAUGGUGAUCCAUCCUGGGAAUCUGAAAAUAGACCGAAGUGGUGUAUCAGAAGACGAUUUCACACCUCCUGUGUCUGGGGCUUGCAAAUUUAUUGGCUCCCUUCACUCUUACAGCUUUUUCUCCAAGCACACGAGAGAGAAGUCGUCUUUCCCAAAGGAGCAACUGGAAAGGAAACGGUUGAGAAGAAAUGUUGAACCUAGCUGUAGUAGUAACAUGGCGGAGCAGGAUGGAAGUUUAAUAGAGACCUCGUCUACUUCCUCUCUUACUGUUGUUCCCCAAAAGCCUUCCCAAAGCCUGCCUGCAUCUCCUGAAGAUCUGACUCCCAAGCCUGCAACAGAAGCGGUCGUCGGUCCGAAGGGAGACACCGAUGCCAAUCCCAUGUCAAUCAAUGAGGUCAUCAUGUCUGCUUCAGGAGCCUGCAAGCUCAUUGACUCUCUCCACUCUUACUGCUUUUCCUCGAGGCAUAGCAAAAGCCAAGUGUGCUGCUUAAGAGAGCAGGUGGAGAAGAAGAACGGGGAGCUGAAACUGUUGAGGCAGAAGAUCAGCCGCUCUGACAGCCAAGUUAGAAAGCUGAAGGAAAAGCUAGAUGAACUGAAGAGGAUCAAUUUCCCAUUCCUGAAUAACCUGCUGUCUCAGGACUGUGAAACCCCACAGUUGAACCCUGUGAUUGAGCCUCUGUCCUGGAUGCUGGGUACCUGGCUGUCAGACCCGCCUGGAGAUGGGACCUUCCCUACAAUGAAGCCUUUUCAAUACCUCGAAGAAGUUCAGAUCUCUCAUGUGGGGCAGCCUGUGCUGAAUUUCUCAUUCAACAGCUUCCAUCCAGACACCAGGAAGCCAAUGCAUCGAGAAUGUGGAUUCAUCCGCAUCAAACCAGACACUAACAAGGUGGCCUUUGUCAGUGCUCAGAACACAGGUUUGGUAGAGGUGGAGGAAGGAGAGGUGAAUGGGCAGGAGCUUUCUAUAGCUUCGCAUUCUAUAGCAAGGAUCUCGUUUGCCAAGAAGCCCUAUGUAGAGCAAAUUACUAGAAAAUUCAGGCUCAAUUCCGAUGGGAAACUAGAACAGACUGUCUCCAUGGCAACCACUACACAGCCAAUGACUCAGCACCUCCAUGUUACCUAUAAGAAAGUGACACCUUAAAACAAAGGAGAGUUGUUUUGC